AUGACGGGUCAGGCAGCGGAAAGAGAUCGGUCCCCCCACAAUCUGUCAGUGAAGACCACCUUGGAGGAAGAGAGCGAGAGAGCUGAUAGUAUUCUGAGCAGGGUGCCAUCUGUCUGUGAUGACACAUCGUCAGAGCUACAAAGAGUCGCUGCUCUCGACCCUCACAGAGGCAAUUCCAGAAAUUCUUUUCAAAGAAAUGGAGCUAUCUCAAGACUGGUGAGCCUGGUGGUGAGACUGAGAGAAUGGGCACACAGGAGCCUGAUAGAGGAGGAGGAGCGGCCGGACUCCUUCCUGGAGCGCUUUCGAGGCCCUGAGCUAAGAACUGCCCCCAGCCGCAUCAGCAACACGCAACCAGAUGCCAAUGGCAACAAUGCCAAAGGGAUGUUAAAGAAAAAGUGGGAUUUAUUUGUGGUUUCCCCAUCCGAUACAGCAUACUACCGCUGGUUAUUUGUUAUCGCCACAGCAGUGCUCUACAACUGGUUCCUUGUUGUAGCGAGAGCAUGCUUCGACAAGUUACAGGUGGGCAAUUACAUCUGCUGGCUAGUGUUGGACUACCUCUCUGAUACUGUGUACAUAAUGGACACUUGUGUUCGACUUCGCACAGGGUUCCUGGAACAAGGUUUGAUGGUGAAGGACCACGCCAAGCUCAGAAACAGCUAUGUCCGAACCCUGCAGUUCAAGCUGGAUGUGCUGUCCAUCCUGCCCACUGACCUGGCGUACAUCUCCACAGGAAUCCACACACCACAACUCAGGUUUAACCGUCUUCUGCGCUUCCCACGAAUGUUUGAGUUCUUUGACCGCACUGAGACACGCACAAACUACCCAAACAUGUUCCGUAUCUGCAACUUGGUGCUUUACAUCCUGGUCAUCAUUCACUGGAAUGCCUGCAUCUACUACGCUAUAUCUAAAUCUUUGGGACUUGGCUCGGACACUUGGGUGUUCCCAAACAUCUCCAAACCUGAGUAUUCUUCCCUGACUCGGAGUUAUGUGUACUGCCUGUAUUGGUCGACUCUCACUCUUACCACUAUUGGAGAAAUGCCUGCACCAGUGCGAGAUGAAGAGUACCUAUUUGUGGUCUUUGACUUUCUUGUUGGGGUGCUGAUCUUUGCCACAAUUGUGGGAAACGUUGGCUCUAUGAUUGCCAACAUGAAUGCCACCCGUGCCGAGUUUCAAGCUCGGAUCGAUGCCAUCAAACACUACAUGCACUUUCGCAAAGUUAGCAAAGAACUGGAGACACGUGUCAUUAAAUGGUUUGACUACCUCUGGACCAACAAGAAAGCAGUAGAUGAACAGGAGGUGCUAAAGAACCUGCCCAACAAACUGCGUGCAGAGAUUGCGAUUAAUGUACACCUGGAGACCUUGAAGAAAGUACGAAUUUUUCAAGACUGUGAGGCAGGACUGCUGGUGGAGCUUGUGCUCAAACUACGCCCGCAGGUCUUCAGUCCAGGAGACUACAUCUGCAGAAAGGGGGACAUAGGAAAGGAGAUGUAUAUAAUCAAAGAGGGGAAGCUGGCUGUGGUGGCUGACGAUGGGGUCACACAGUACGCUCUCCUCACUUCUGGCAGCUGCUUCGGGGAAAUCAGCAUCCUUAACAUAAAAGGUAGUAAAAUGGGAAAUCGUCGGACAGCCAACAUUCGCAGCUUGGGUUAUUCUGAUCUCUUCUGCCUCUCUAAGGAUGACUUGAUGGAGGCAGUAACCGAGUAUCCAAAUGCUAAGACUGUGCUGGAGGAGAGGGGCCGGGAGAUCCUGAUGAAGGAGGGUCUGCUGGAUGAGAACGCAGAGAGUGGCGGGAUGCAGAAAGAGGACACAGAGGAGAAGGUGGAGAGGCUGGAGUCCUCUCUGGACACCCUUCAGACUCGCUUUUCUCGCCUACUCAGCGAAUACACACACACUCAGCAACGACUGAAGCAGCGCAUCACUCUGCUGGAGCGGCAGCUGAAUCAAACGGACUGCGGUGCAGAUGCUAAUGAAGAUAUGGAUGCAGAUGCAGAGACACUCAAUGAAACAGACCCUGGGCUUGUUGCCCAUACAGAUGGGUCUCCUCAUCGGAAUAAUGUGCAAACAGAUGGCAAAAAAAAGCCCAACGUCAAAACAUUAACAGAAUCCAAAAGGAGCUUUUAG